AUGAAUCCAGCAUAUUACCAUGCUAAUCUAAAAAAGAAAGACAACAGUGUCCCACGUUUUACCCUCAAAACAGUGAAAAGAUACGCUAAAGUAGUUUCAGUUUACGACGGGGAUACAUGUGAUCUGGUGUUUUAUAUAAACACGCAGAAUAUGAAUCAGGAUAAACCCGUGCGAUACAAAUGUCGUAUGUUGGGUUACGAUGCACCAGAAUUAGAAGAGAAACCGAGCGGUGAACUAGCCCGAGGUUAUUUGACUCAUCUAUGCACGGGAGGGGAUGCUCACACACAUAAUGCCGUCGAGAACUUACGGACUGAAAAGCGUGUGCAACAAAAGUUAGACGACAACAAGAAUAGCUUAGUCUAUGCUGAAUUUGGGGGACCAGGGAAGUAUGGUCGGCAGUUAGUAACACUUUAUCAAAUCUCGAAAGAAGAAGAAGACGACAGCACAUCUUGUGAUAUGGUCGCCUCUGAAAGUUCUGAAGACAACGUCCCUCCAAUUCCAACAUCAAUCAAUACUAUGAUGGCGCAAUAUAUAAAUACGCUACCCUAA